GCAAGGUAUCCCACAUUCCGCGCAGCGAAGGUGCCUGCUCCUCUUGCGAUCCACGCCUUCUCCUUCGAUCAUGGCCGCGGCCUGAUUAGCUGACUCUGAACGAAUCAUCCGGCAAGUCCGAUGAAUACCUCCCUCAUUGGAAAUGCUUCUGCCUGCUCGUCCCUUUCGCCGUCCGGCGUUAAGCCUCGGAGGUGCAGGGUGGAGAAUAAGUCCGAAGGAAAGAAUCGCCCCUACGAUUUAAAUUCCGGUCGCGGAUCAACAGGACUCUCGGAAUCUUUCUCCUACUUCCUUACUCCUUAUCUGAUGAACUCCCGUGGCACAGGCUCUGCGAGUCGCCGAGACGUCAGAUUCCAAUCAGCGUGCGAUGAAUGCCGAUCUCGAAAGAUCAAAUGCGUAGCCGAUGAUGGACCAGUAUGUUUGCCGUGCCGUAGGAAAGAUGGGACCGCAGCAGAUUGCCAGUGGACCCGGCGUCGAGGGAGAGGGCCUGCUCGGCGAAAGACCGCCUCUGCCGAAGCUCAUGCCCAAGAACCAACCUCCUCGUUGCAGACCGCACGAAGCGUCAUGACUGAGGGGGAAAGUGGCCCGGCUCACGCGAUGAUUGGUGCCGUAAACAACGACGAAACCCAGAUACCGGCAGACAUGUUGGGGUCGAGCGUGGCGAGCUUCGCACAGCACAUUCAGAGACUCUUGAUCCCGCCCACGCCAAGCCCGCGCAACUGUCAUUCGCGCACAGCCUCGCCUGCCACGCGGGAAUACGUACUUCCUCUGCGCCAGAACGCCGAUCGCUUGUUGGAGACGUAUUGGGACUUGAUCGACCCCAGCUAUCCAUACCUUGACCGGGACGACUUUACACGCUGCUACCAGUCGCUUUGGGCGGGCAACGAUCUGGGGUCGGAUCUCCCACUCUUCGUCUGUCUCAUGAACGCCGUGUUGGCAUUGGCAUCGCUUGUCGAUCCUACGCAAGCCCUCCCGGACCGCAUCACCUCCAGCCAGAUCUUCUACCAGCGCGCGUGCUCUCUCGACUUACACCACGCACAGACUCGCUCUCUCCUUGCCGUUCAAUGCUUUCUGUUAGUGGGCCACUGUGCGUUUUCCCGACAAGCCUGUUGGACGUUUGUCGGCAUGGCCAUCCGCGCGGCGCAAAGCAUUGGCCUUGAUCUGCCUGCCACAAGUGCCCAAGUCGGCGAUGGGAAACGACGGAGCCUGCUGCAACGCAUCUGGUAUGGAUGCGUCCUCAUUGACCGGACCAUCUCCUUGAUCUACGGGCAAGCGACACAUAUUUCACCCGCCGCCGCUGUGCGUGUGUCUCGCCCGAUAGCUCACCCCGACGAAUCACCUUGUACGUGUGGACCAGAGCAGAACACCUUGCGAGCCGACUAUCAUUUCUUGAUCGCAGCCAUCGAGCUGUUCGAUGUGAUUGACACAUUCAAGCUGGCAGCGCGGCAUCCACCCGAUGGAGACACACCGCUGUUAGGCGGAGCCGUGCACGCUGUCAACGCCACAUUACAGGCAGAGUGUGCACUGGUCUCGUGGGAAGCCUCUCUGCCGCCUUGCAUGCGAUGGCAGACUCCUCAGGCUCACCCGGUACACGCCCGGCAAAGCAACCAUCUUUGGGUGCGUAGCCAACACUUUCGCGUCUUCAUGUUCCAGCCCGUGCUGCUACGCUUGUGCUCCUACAGUGCGCAAAAACGGCGCAAGGAUCACGACGGUGAGACGGUUGAGGGAAUGUUUCUGUACGACGUCGUCUUCCGCGGCGCUGUCACAGGUGUGGAAGCGGCCGUAGCACUCAUCGAAUACUUCGAAUCCAUGGGCGCCAAUCGCACACCAGCCGAGUUGGACCGAGUACUUCCGCCAUGGUGGUUUCGCACGUAUUACAUCCAUUCGGCGGCCUGGGUGGUUAUUGCCGCGAUGCUCCAUUUAGACGUGGUACAGUUGCUGUCCAGGGAACGACUGGCUGCUGCAUACCGCGCGGCAGUGGCACAUCUCGAGAGCGUCGCAUCUGCGGAUCCCUCCAUCACUCGAUAUGUGAGUAUUCUCCGAGCUGCGGUCAUUGAUGACGGAGGAACACAGCCAGAAGAUGGCUUGAUGAGUACGAACGACUGGAACUUCUUCAACAGCCCAUUCACAUCCGUGGACGAAGAGAAUUGGACAGAUCAUUUCGGAACGAUGUAAUGUCACGCUACUUCAAGUCAUCGUGGUUCGU